AUGUCAACUGGACAAAGACAGCAUAAGCUGCUUCGUCGGAUCAUAACAACCCAUGAUCCAAGCGGCCGAGCUAUCUUUAGUGAUGCGGUUAGUGAGCAGCUAUCAUUUACUGGAUUCCCGGUUCCUCCAGGCAAGCCCGCACCGACAGACUAUGCUCUGGCCUACAAUACAAAUACAUUCCCAGUGCAAGGGCUCUCCCCUCCAAGUUCUACAACCCCGGAGUCCAAAGCCAAUCUCGACAUUAAGCACUAUCAGUCCCAGCUCUCGCAGCCAAUGCCUUUGAAUCCGCCCAACGGCACUUCCUGUACAAUUAUAGAGGUACCAGCGGGUUCGGCAGUCCCGAUGCACCGAACAGCAACUCUCGACUAUGGUGUUGUAAUAGACGGCACGACGGAACUGGUCCUUGAUUCCGGCGAGAAAAAAAUAUUGAAAAAGGGCGAUGUGUUUGUUCAGCGAGGUACAGCUCAUUCUUGGCGGAAUUUGACUGAAAAGAACGACAAUUCGGGUGUUUUACGUGUUUUCUUCGUGUUUCAGCCUAUCGAAAAGGUGCGAGUGGAAGGCGGAAAGGUCAUUGAUCAGGACUUGGCUCUGUCUCUGCAUGAGGCUUAA